GGGAUCCUCCCUUUCCCUAUAUAAACCCCCUCUGUAUCUCAUUUCUCCUUGCCCAUCGCCUCCAAUACCUCCUCUACACCAUAUUCCCUGCACUCCAAUCCUCUCUCUCUCGGAAGAUAUGGAAACCUUCUUGUUCACAUCCGAGUCUGUUAAUGAGGGACACCCUGACAAGCUCUGCGACCAGGUCUCUGAUGCUGUGCUAGAUGCUUGCCUUGCUCAGGAUCCUGAGAGCAAGGUUGCUUGUGAAACUUGCACCAAGACUAACAUGGUGAUGGUUUUUGGAGAGAUCACAACCAAGGCGGAAAUAGAUUAUGAGAAAAUUGUGCGGGACACUUGCCGUGCAAUUGGAUUUGUGUCUGAUGAUGUUGGUUUGGAUGCCGACAACUGCAAGGUCCUUGUUAACAUUGAGCAGCAGAGUCCUGAUAUUGCCCAGGGUGUCCAUGGUCAUCUUACAAAGCGACCUGAGGAUAUUGGUGCUGGUGACCAGGGCCACAUGUUUGGAUAUGCCACCGAUGAGACCCCUGAAUUGAUGCCCCUCAGCCAUGUCCUUGCAACCAAGCUUGGAGCUCGCCUCACCGAGGUCCGGAAGGAUGGGACUUGCGCUUGGCUCAGACCUGAUGGUAAAACUCAGGUCACUGUUGAGUACUACAAUGACAAUGGUGCCAUGGUUCCUAUCCGCGUACACACUGUUCUGAUCUCUACUCAGCACGACGAGACUGUCACCAAUGAUGAAAUUGCUCGUGAUCUCAAGGAGCAUGUCAUCAAGCCUGUGAUUCCCGAGAAGUACCUUGAUGAGAAGACCAUCUUUCACCUCAACCCAUCAGGCCGAUUUGUCAUUGGUGGACCUCAUGGUGAUGCUGGGCUCACUGGCCGCAAGAUCAUUAUUGACACAUACGGUGGAUGGGGUGCUCACGGAGGCGGUGCUUUCUCAGGGAAAGACCCUACCAAGGUGGACAGAAGUGGAGCUUAUGUGGUGAGGCAAGCUGCCAAGAGCAUUGUUGCCAGCGAGCUUGCUCGUAGGUGCAUAGUGCAGGUGUCAUACGCCAUUGGUGUGCCUGAACCAUUGUCCGUCUUCGUAGAUACCUAUGGAACCGGAAAGAUUCCCGACAAGGAAAUCCUCAAGAUUGUGAAGGAGAGCUUUGAUUUCAGGCCUGGUAUGAUCGCCAUCAACCUUGACCUCAAGAGGGGUGGCAACAGCAGGUUCUUGAAGACCGCUGCUUAUGGCCAUUUCGGUAGGGAUGACCCUGACUUCACAUGGGAAGUGGUGAAGCCUCUCAAGUGGGACAAACCUCAAGCUUAAAUUCAUAUUGUUGCUGAUGCCGAUGCCGAUGCCGACUAUUUAGCUUAAUCCUUUGCCCCAAUAUGUUGCCUAAUGGACAGGCCAUGUGUUUAAAUUUUCUCUUUCUUUUUCUUUUUCUUUUUUUUUUUUUUUUUGAAUUUUUCCUUUUGUGAUUUUAGUUUCUGGGGUGGGGUAGAGUUGCCAUUUGUCCCAUUUGUUAUUCGUUUCUUGCUAAACGGUUAUAUACUAUUGGUGUUAAAUCAUCAUAACUAUUACGAAUAUAUAAAAUGUGUUUUGAAAUUUUA